AUGAAGUUCCUUGUGGCCACUUUUCUACUGGGCCACACGUUGGCCCAAUACUUCCCACCAAGACCCGAAGGUCUGAAAGUCGUGUACUCGAAGCACGAAGAAGGGGUGAAGAUCUCAUACAAAGAGCCGUUCACUAACGUUGCACAGCCGGGAAUCUGUGAAACCACCCCCGGUGUCAAAUCCUACUCUGGCUACAUUCAUUUGCCUCCAGGGACCUUGGAUGAUGUCCAUGUGGACCAACAGUACCCCAUCAACACAUUUUUCUGGUUCUUUGAAUCCCGUCAUGAUCCGAGAAACGCCCCGUUGUCCAUUUGGAUGAAUGGUGGGCCUGGUAGCUCGUCUAUGAUCGGUCUCCUGCAGGAAAAUGGCCCUUGCCGCGUCAAUGCGGAUUCCAAUUCGACCGAGCUCAACCCCUGGUCUUGGAAUAACUACGUCAACAUGCUGUACAUUGAUCAGCCUAAUCAGGUCGGUUUCAGCUAUGACGUUCCCACCAAUGGUACUUUCGACCAGACUGCUUCUUCUUGGGACGUGUCUGAGUGGACCGAUGGGAUUCCAGAGCAGAACAACACCUACUAUGUCGGCACGACUACGAGCCAGAAGUCAGCCUCGUCGGCUAAUAGCACCGAAAAUGCGGCUCGGUCGCUAUGGCACCUCGCCCAGACCUGGUUUUCCGAGUUUCCGGAGUACAAACCACGCGAUGAUCGCGUCAGCAUCUGGACCGAGUCAUACGGCGGUCGCUAUGGGCCGUCGUUCACAGCGUUCUUCCAAGAGCAAAAUGAGAAGAUCAAGAAUGGAUCAAUCACUGCCCCUGCGGAAUCGCAUUACAUUCACUUGGAUACACUGGGAAUUAUCAAUGGUUGUGUCGAUCUCCUUGUCCAGGCACCAUCGUAUCCAAUGAUGGCGUACAACAAUACCUACGGGCUCGAAACUAUUAACAAGACUGUGUACGACCAGGCCAUGGAUGCCUGGAGUCGUCCAAAUGGGUGCAAGGACCUCAUCAUACAAUGCCGGGCCCUUGCAGCUGAAGGUGACCCACAGAUGUAUGGCAACAAUGAAACCGUGAACAAGGCAUGUAUGACCGCGCACGAAUUCUGCAGCAAUAAUGUCGAGGGGCCUUACUCUACCUUUUCCGACCGAGGAUACUACGACAUCACCCACAAUAGCAAGGAUCCGUUCCCGCCACCGUGGUACUUUGGGUUUUUGCAACAACCUUGGGUGCAAGAAGCAUUGGGUGUGCCCAUCAACUUCACCGAGUCUAUCGAUAGUGUCUACAAUGGCUUCGGUUCGACCGGUGAUUAUCCUCGCGGUGACGUGCACGGCUAUCUCGAUGAUCUCGCUUAUGUCUUGGACUCUGGCAUCAAAGUUGCGCUCGUCUACGGUGACCGGGAUUAUGCCUGCGAAUGGAUCGGCGGCGAGGAUGUGAGUCUGGGGAUCAACUACGCCAAGGCCUCUUCUUUCCGUGAGGCUGGGUACACGCCUCUAAAGACCAACUCCUCGUACACCGGAGGACAGGUCCGCCAGCACGGCAACUUCUCUUUCACUCGCGUUUACCAGGCUGGCCAUGAGGUGCCUGCUUACCAGCCUGAGACUGCGUACGAGAUCUUCCAUCGUGCCCUGUUCAACCGCGAUCUGGCGACAGGCAAGAUUGAUACUGCUAAGAACGACUCUUACUCCACGGAGGGCCCUUCAUCCACCUGGCAUAUCAAGAACGACGUUCCCGAAAGCCCCGAGCCAGUGUGCUACAUCCUGUCCCUCACGUCGACGUGCACUCAAGAUCAACUUGACAGUGUCCUCAACAAUACUGCAGUUAUCAAAGACUGGGUUGUUGUAGGAGAAGUGGAAGGAAUGGGAGAAGUUGGUAAAUAG